AUGAACCAAACAAGCAUAUCAAAAUUACAAAUAGGAAGAGUCGAAUUUCUUUCAACCUUCAACAUUUUUCUGUCCAUCGCUGCAUCACUGGGCAAUGCUCUGAUCCUUGUUGCUCUUCAUAAAGAGACUUCUCUUCAUCCACCGACAAAACGUUUGUUCCAAUGUCUGGCGAUCACCGAUCUCUGUGUUGGAGUUAUUUCGCAACCACUUUUUGCCGUUUUCCUUUUGUUGUCUGUAACAACUGGAAUGAACGGGAGAUUUAUUUUCUACAUCGAUAAGCUAUAUAACGCCUCAAGCUUUGUUUUGUGUCAAGUAUCGAUCUUAACAUCUGGUGCAAUAAGCGUGGACAGACUUCAAGCCCUGUUAUCUGGACUGAGAUACAGACAUGUUGUAACAUUAUCACGAGUUCGCGCAGUUAUCAUUUGCUUUUGGUUGAUUGGUAUAUCAUGUGGAUCGAUGUACUUUUGGAAUGUUAAUGCUGCCUUUACGGUUAGCUUUACUCUUAAAAUAAUUUCUCUAGCAACCUCUGUCCUCUCCUACUCGACGAUUUAUCUGAAGCUUCGACAACAACAACUUCAAGUGCACGCAGCCCUGCAAGGAAAACCUAGAGGAAGACAGGUGGCUCUGAACAUAGCACGAUACAAAAAGUCGGUUUCAAGCGCAUUAUGGGUGCAGUUAUUGUUAGUUACAUGCUAUAUCCCGUAUAUCGUUGUGCGGGUUAUGCUCAUGACAUAUGGCCAAAUAUCUGGAAGUAAAUUUGAAAUUGCUCGCUACGUUACAGCAACUCUUAUCUACCUAAAUUCGUCUCUAAACCCGAUCCUUUACUGCUGGAGGAUCGGCGCGGUACGUCAAGCAGCUAAAGACACAAUCAAACAACUGAACUGCUGUAAAUCAGACUAG